ACGGCCCAAGUGAGCCAACCUUCUUGACGUUUAAAGUUGAAACUGCGAGCUCCCAAAACGUAAACCCUAGACCUAGAUCACCAACACACAGAGCGAGCGAGAGAGAAGAGGCGUGUAUUCAAUUGGGAGGCGGGAUGGCGGAGCACUUGGCUUCGAUCUUUGGAACCGAGAAGGAUAGAGUAAAUUGCCCAUUCUACUUCAAGAUCGGGGCCUGCCGGCACGGCGAUCGAUGCUCACGGCUCCACACCAAGCCAAGCAUCAGCCCAACGCUGCUCCUCUCCAACAUGUAUCAGCGUCCUGACAUGAUCACUCCCGGCGUCGACGCGCAGGGGCAGCCUCUUGAUCCUCGGAAAAUGCAACACCACUUCGAGGAUUUUUACGAGGACUUGUUUGAGGAGCUGAGCAAAUAUGGAGAGAUGGAGAGCUUGAACAUCUGUGACAACUUGGCUGACCACAUGGUUGGUAAUGUAUACGUUCAGUUCAGAGAGGAAGAACAUGCUGCAAACGCUCUGCAGAAUCUGAGUGGGAGGUUUUAUGCAGGACGUCCUAUCAUUGUUGACUUCUCCCCAGUGACAGACUUCCGAGAAGCUACAUGUAGGCAGUAUGAGGAAAAUGUAUGCAAUCGAGGUGGCUACUGCAAUUUUAUGCAUCUGAAAAAGAUUAGCAGAGAGUUGAGGCGGCAAUUAUUUGGAAGGGGUAGGCGAAGGCGUAGCCGUAGUCCACAACGGAAUCGUAAUUACGAGGAGCCAUCACAUGGGGGUCGUGGUUUUGGUAGGAGAGAUGAUGACCGUGAUCACCGCCACCAUGAUAGGGGCAGGAAGCCUCGAAGCAGAAGCCCUGGCCAAAGAGGACGUGGUAGAAGUCCCAGGGAAAGGAGAAAUAGGAGCCCAGUUAGGGAAAGCAGUGUUGAGAGAAGGGCAAAGAUUGAGCAAUGGAACAGGGAAAGGGAACAGGCGGAAGUCACUGUCAAGAAUGGUAAUGGUGACAUUGAUGAUAACAAGAAUGACAUGGCACUGAAUGGGGAACGGUAUAGCAACCCUGAUCAGGAUUGGCUGCAGGCUGAUGGAGGGUACAACUUUUGAGCCAAGUAGCAGUGUCUGGUUUGUACCCAAGAUUUUCUUAAUUGAUUCAAUAAUCUUGCUCCUCGAAUUUAAAACAAAAUUUAUUUGAAUUGUUUUUAAAGGAAAGGUAUAAUUUUAUAAAAGUUGGCUUACUGUCCAUUUACCACUGUGCAGGUGGAGUACAGGUUCAUUUUCAUAUGAUUUUGAAAGUAAAAGCAUUUUUUUCUUCCUUCCCUCCCCUCACCUGCAAAAAGAAGCUGGAAAGUGAAUUUUAAAGGAAAGACCCAAAGGACCACCUUAGUACUUGAAUCUCUAUACUAAAACCAUUUCAGUUCUUCAGUUUCUGUUUCCUUUGUUCAUAAAGAUGAUUUUACAUAAUCUCUCAGUUAAGGCUUAUUUAGAUAUUUUAGAAUUUUUUAUGGUAUACCGUCCAUGGUAUAACCAAAAUGCUUUUCCAGAAAAAGGAUAAAAGUUUUACUUCUGGUGCAAUAUUGACAUACAGCCAUUUGCAUUAAUGCUAAAUAGCAUCUUCAUUGAGACAAAAUAGCUUCCAGAGCAUAGUGGAAAGAACAUUCAUAAGUAAGUUGGGUAACUUUUUUUUUCCCCCUAAUUUUGCAUUUAGUAAACUUUCUUUUACAAAUAAAGGACUCCUUGAUUUCUCAAAUUUGUAUAGAGGGUUUUCUACCUGUCCAAUCUGUUUAGCACAUUUGACUUGCCUUCCAGCUAUUUUACUCUCGAGAUAGCAGAUGGAAAGAAUUCUCAUGUUUUGGUAUGAUAAUGUAUCCCAAACAUGGUGAGAGAUGCAAAUUUGAACAAAAGCAAGUAUUAUACAGGGAUAUUUCAGGCUGGAUUAUCUUCCUUUCAUUAUUUUACUUGCACAGAAGUUUGUGAUCUUACAAAUUUCACUAGUGUUGCAGGUUCAGGUAUUCCUGCUUCCAGGACCGGGCCUCAUCUUAUGGCAGCUUACCGUGGUAUUUGUAUACAGGUUUACUGUCAGAGAGUUUACAGGAGUUAACAUGUAAAAGCUGGAAGAACAAACUGAAGCAAAUCUCAGCUGUCAAACCGAUACCAUUGGAGUUCAUGUACCUGUGCAGGACUUGGUGUUAAUGUUGGUCUGGUCUGUGCGUAUAUCUGCCUGAGAAGCAGUGCUUUUGUUUUUUGACACUAUUUCCUCAAUCAUAGGCUUGAUAUUUGUUCAGUUUUACUUAUCCUCCGGGAAUAAACUCCUGUAAGCCGCAAUGUGAAAACAAUUAUGUACCAGGGUUCAGUUUGUUUGCUUUAUAUACCAUGCCCAGCCAAGCUUAAACAGUAUCUAAACUAGAUUUCUAUCCAAUUAUUUUAUUCUUUUA